AUGCCACCAAAAAAAGGUAAAAAAGGAAAAAAAGAAAAAACUGCCAAGGAACCAGGUGCUAAAGUAAAAGACGAAAAUGAACGUCCAUCAGCAAGAGAACUUAUUCUUCAAGAAGAGCUCGAUAAAAAAGUUGAAAAAUUAGCUGAAAUCAAAUUGCGUGUUCGUCAAGCUCAAGAGGAAAAUAAUUGGCUUAAUGAAGAAGCAAAUAAAGUUCGCGCGGAAACAGCUGAAUACGUGCAAUAUAUGUCAAAAAAGACUAAUACUCGUCAAACACAAGUUAUUACAUUAACAGAUUAUUAUCGUGAACAAGUUAAAGAUAUAAAUCGAGAGAAAGAAAAUAUGUUAAAAGAAUAUGAAAGAAAAAAAGAAGAAUUACGUUCUCAAUUAAUGAAAAAAGAACAAUUUUUAUCUCAAACAAAACGUGAAUUAGAUGGUAUUGGAGAAUAUAAAAAUAUUCAAGAACAACAAAAUAAUGAAAUCAAACGUUUACAAGAAGAAAUAACUGAAAUACGUGGUAAACAUGUUCGUGGUAUCUCACAAAUGAGAUUAACAUUUGAAAAAGAACUUCAACAACAACGUAUGGAUGAAGGUGCAAAAGUUCAAGCAAUUCGACGACAAGCUGAUGAAGAAGCUGAACAAUUUCUUUAUGAUCGUAGUAUCGCUAUUCAAAAUGAAAAUCUUGAAUUACGUAAAUCAUUACAAGGAUACCUUAAACGAAUACAUGCAUUGAAUGAAUCAAAACAACAUUUAGAAGAAGAACAAAUAAAUUUAAUACGUCAACUUAAAUUAGCGACUGAUCUUAAACGUAUACGUAUAAAUAAAGCUCCACCUACUAUGAAUAAAACUUCAAAUAAACCAACAUAA